AUGCCGAUCGAGAGCGUCCCACCGUUCGCGAUCAUCGUCGGCGCGAUCACCGCCAUGGGUGGUCUGCAGUACUUGGCGCACGGCGUCGGGAACGAUCGACCGCGGGCGAUCGGGCAGGACGCGUUCGACCGCUUGGUCCGCGCGCGAGACGAUCGCGUGAAAAAGGCCGCCACGACCGGUGGGGGGGCGCAGAAAUCAUAG